ACCUACCUAAGGUACCUAUUCUACUUUCUUCCGCUUGUUGUUCCCUCCCACGAAAGAGCGAGGGUUUGCAUUGCAUUAACUAAGUACCUUACCUACAUUACAUUCUUUCUGACCUCAGGGCAAUCUUACCGGGUCCCCCGUUCUUUUCCCAGUUCCCUGCCCACUUCAUUCCUUACUUCGUCCCAUCUCAUCUCAUUUCAAUUGAACGUUUUACUUUCUCUCCCUUUGGCUGUUGUCGUCACCUGAACCCACCUUUCUUUCUUCUGUUAUCAAACGGCUUCGUUUCUAGUUAUUCUGCUUUCGUUUUGUCCUGAUCUCAACCUCGACUCGAAUCGAAUCGACUUCUCACGACCACCUUUGCGCGUUGGGCUUUUUCACUCUCUCAGUAUCCCCUCGCUAUCUCACUAUCCAGUCAUUCCUUGUGGUCAAUUCUUUGUAUUCUUCUUUCCUUACGUUACGUUACCUUAUCGUUCUUUUCCACCUUCCUUUCGAAUUGCUCCCUCUGGGCUAAACCGACGACAACAAAUCCGUAUCCCGGGCCUUCAUUCACUCGUAUUAUUCUCGAGGACCCUCCAUCUGCUGCAUCGAGUGCCACGUUGGACCAAGCCACUUUUGUUACAUUACACGACAUUGUCCGAUUCGUCUCUCGUUUCUAUUUGAAGAUUUCUUUUCCGAUUCUCCUGGAGAUUGUUUCUGGAUCUACCUGCGGUAUUUUAUUGUUCUCAUCGCAAAUUUGGAGCCACUAUUGUCACGAUCCAUCCCUGUGACCACACCUGCCACCACUUCUCACCCUCAGUUCUUUAUCCGCGCAGCCAGCCUGUCGUGAACUUCCGAUUUGAUUCUCCUCUGGCUACUGACGAUCGAUCAAAGGAGCGAGGUUUUAUCUUGCCGCAUACUUCCCCCGAAAUGCGCUUUUCUCUUUCAACUCUCUUGGCGCUGGGCGCCCUACAGGCUCUCGGUGUCUAUGCUCAGGACUGCAUCAACACAUGUGUUGAAUCAGUAAAGCCAACUGUCGGCUGCGCAGAUGCCACCCAGGCCGGUUGUAUUUGUGUUAGCCCCAACUUUAUCAAGGGUGUGGCUGAGUGCGCAAGAGCGCCUUCAUGCAAUGCUGCAGACGCCGAUAUUACCAGCUUUUUGAGCAACGGGUUUUGUGUCGGUCAGCAACUCCCUGCCCUUCCAGAAGCUGCCGCAACAUCGGCGUCAGGCGCAGCGAUGACAUCUGCAGCAGCUGUAGCAACUUCGUCCGAAGUAGCAGCAGCAACAUCGGAGACCCCUGCCGUGGCUGAUACCUCUGAUGCUGCGUUAAGCUCUGCUGUGCCUCCGGUGGCUUCAGAGGCACCUCAAGCCACUUCGACUGAUGUUGUGGAUGCGAUUUCCACGUCUGAAACUGCCGGUGCCGUCGAACCUACGGCCACUGGAUCUGAGGCCUCUGCUUCUUCCACCAAUACUGCCAACUCAUCAACAGCCUCCGAGGCGGCUGGUGCUGCCGCUACCGCUGACUCUUCAGAUGACGACUCAGACAAGAAGGAAGAAUCUUCCAGCGGCAUGUCUGGUGCUGCGAAGGCCGGCGUUGGUAUUGGAGUUACUAUUGGUAUCCUCGCACUUCUCGGCAUCGCAGGUUUCUUCUUCUGGAAGAAACGUCAAAACCAGCGCGAUCUUCCUCGUGAAAACAUGGCAAGCAUGUCACCGCCUAUGGCUACUAGGGAUCGCAGUUAUCCUUUACCCGACCAGGGUUCCAUUGGCGAGAAGAAUGGAUAUGACCUUGAACUAAUGUCCCAUCGAUAUGAGGAUAUGCUUCCUCGCGAAGAACCGCGACACAUGGUUUGAGCAAAGAUAACUUGUGGGAGACAUCGGCGUUUAAAACGGGGCACAGCAGAAUCAAUAUAUGGCAGAUGACAAUCGCAUGCGCACUCUAUUAAUCACUGCAUAACAUCACUGCAUAGCACAUGUCUAAUUGUAGUCCGAUAUUAGCCAGUCGGCGAGGCACCAGCACAUAUCGCUUCAUGAAACGGUAUGGCUAUACCCGCGAAGGGCAGACGUCAUGGGUUUGUUAAUCAUGAGUGGCACCAAGAUUGGGAUUAACUCGACGUCGGACGAUUAUUUUAUGAGCAUACAGCCAGAGCCAACAUACCACACCAAGUCGAUCAAGUUAGCACUGGCGCGUAAACUUCAAUCUCAGUCAAGUGCAUCCCAUUCACUGUACAUAUCUUACAAGUUUCUAUGAGAAAUUACAUGGUGGCCUCUGGCGACGCCUGAAGACUCCGUCUCUUUUUUAAACUUCAUUUUCGGAUGGCAGUCGUGGUUCUACCACGAGUAAUAUGGCCUCUGUCCAUAUACUGGUCGGUUGGGGAGAUGCACCCAGGGUCCCUUCUUGUUCUUCUUUUCCACACGCUCCUCGUAUUCUCGUAUUCUUGUCUUUUCUUCCUUGAGUAACACCGUUAGACCUAGAGAUGAGUUAGCGAUUUCAAAACCAGAUAUGUGACCAAUGUGGGCAUACUUGUGCUGGGAUGUCUGAUGAUGCCCAU